AUGGCAAAUAAUGAGCUUGAAACCACAAUUGCUUUGCAAUCUUUGAGAGCUCCAUUGGAUCCUUUUCCUAUAACACCCGAGGAAAGGUUCCUGAAUGAUAUGCGGGUUAGGUACCGCACUUAUUACCUUGAAUGCAAUGUUAACUACGGUGCUGUCAAGCUACCAAGGAUGUUUGCCGAGGAUUUCGGGGAAGAAUUGUGUCGCGUUGUCACUUUGGUUGAUUCAAGGGAUAAUCACUUGGAGGUUUUGGUUGAUAAAAUCGAUGAGGAUGUUUAUUUCACACGUGGUUGGGCGUCUGUUAAGAAUUUUUACAACAUAAAAACUGGUGCAUGGGUCGUGUUAAUUUAUUCAGGUUUCGGACACUUCGGGAUUACUAUCCAUGAUAGACUUCAAUUCCCGGUUUUAACCCCCACAUUCGACCCACCUAUGAGAUUGGUUAUAGAUAAGUUAGAUGUUCUUCCACACUUCGUUGAUAAUUUAUCUGAGGAUCUCCAUGACCUAUCAUAUGCUCAUGAUGAACGAUUUUUUGACGUAUCAUUAGAAAAGACAUUGACUUAUUUUGACGUGUCUACCGGUUAUUUGAUGUUGCCAUAUGAUGGAUUCGGGGAGUAUGCUUUCCAUCAAGGAACCACUUCUAUCAAAGUGGUUGACGAAUAUGGAAAUGCUUGGUUUUGUAGUCUGAUAUUUGUGUCAUUCCCAUGCAAGCAUUACAAGAUUGGUGGACAGUGGGGCAUGUAUGUCAAGAUGACCAAGGUCUCUGAGAUUACUGGUGGCAAGAUUGAUUUUCAGUUGAGAGUAAGAGUAAUCAAUCUAUGGUCUACACCGGAUCGUUCUAAUCCUAAGGAGGAAGGGGCUCUUCACAUGAUUUUUCUAGAUAAAGAUUGCGGAAAGAUAUAUGCAACUGUCCGAAAGGAUUUGCUUUCUCAGUUCAAGGAUGACAUUGAGGAGGGUGCUGCUUAUGUAGUGGAGAGGUUUAUGGUUGGUAAGAACGACUCUUCCUUCAAAAGUACUCCUCACAAACACAAACUUAAUUUUAUGCGUGGAACUAAGCUGAUUAAAGUCAAAGCUGCCGAGAUACCACCAAAUCAUUUCAAUUUCAUGCCUUUCGAUGAAAUUCUUGCUUCUACUAAAGAGGAUCAGUUACUUGAUGUUAUUGGUCAUGUUGUUGAGAAAAAUGUUAUGAAAGAGACUGAGAAAAAUGGCAAGAUAAGUAAGCUUAUGGAUGCAACACUUGAAGACUUAGAGUGA